AUGGUCGGCGGCGGCGGCGGGUCGUGGCUGCCGGCCGCCGGCGCCCUGGCGCUCUUCGCGCUGCUCGCCGCGCUGCGCACGGCGCGCCCGCCGGCGGCGCCGUCGAGCCUCGCCGUCGCGUCGCGGAGACGCGGGGGCCACACGCUCAAGGCGAGGAGCGAGUACGAGGACCGCCUGGGCGUGCCCAUCGGCGACGGCCUCUACGACUACGAGCACCUCGUCGAGCUCCACCGGACGACGACGCUGCGCCUUAUCGACUACGACGGCGACGACGUCCUGUGGACCGUCGGCGGCACGGACGGCAGCGAGGGCGCGGCGCCCGGCGGCGCGGUGCUCACCGUAAAGUUCGUCGAAGCCGGAACCCACGCCGUGACGGCGACGGCGUCCGACGGCUUUCUGCUCGGCUCCUUCGGCGUCACGGCCAAGUACGUGCGCCGCGAGCUCCGGGACCUCAGCGCGGGCGACCGGGAGCGCUACUUCGGCGCGCUCCACGCGGUCUACGCGACUUCCGACGCCGACGGCGCGCGCCUCUACGGGUCCGACUUCCGGAGCGCCCACUGGUUCGUGCGGGAGCACCUGUACGGCGCGGCGCAGCGCGACUGCGACCACUGGCACGACGACGCGGGCUUCCUCACGCACCACGUCGGCGUGACGAUGCUCCUCGAGCGGUCGCUCCAGGCCGUCGACGCGACGGUCGCGAGCCACUACUGGGACUACACGCUCGACGCGGCGCGGGCCCAGGCGACGGGCGAGUCCUACGCGGCGGCCUACAACGGGUCCAUCUUCGGGGAGGGCUGGUUCGGGUUCGGGUCGACGAACCCGGAGAACUCGGACCACGUCGUCGCGUCGGGCCGCUGGGCCUACACGCCGCUCAUGACGGCGGCGCGGUCCUACAGCAACAUCACGAACCCCUACGGCCUGCUGCGGAGCCCCUGGAACACGAACCCGGUGCCCUACGUGGCGCGCUACGACCGCGUGCUCGGCGUCGUCCACGGCCAGAACCACCUGCCGCUCUGCGCGGACUUCCAGGCCGAGACCAUCGAGGGCGCCCAGACCAUCGGGCGCCUCUUCAGCGCGCUGAACAGCGCGCUCCACGGCUCCGUGCACAUCAUGCUCGGGGGCCACUGGGGCUUCGACCCGCUGCUGACGAACUCGUCGAAGCACUACAAGGCCCUCGGCUGGCGGUCGGACCAGAUGUUGCUGGGGUCCAAGUUCCUCUGGCGGUCGGGCUACGUCGACUGCCCCGAGGACUGCGCGGGGCUCGCCGCGGAGAACUGCACGUGCGCGUGCGGCCGGCGCGCGGCGGGGCCCGACGGGUCGCCGGCGUCCGCGUCCCAGUUCCUCGUGGACACGGGCUUCGCCGCCGUCGUCGGGACGAACAUCCUGCAAAAGUCCGAGGACGCGCUCCGCGGCUUCGAGAACGUCGCGGACGUGCUCUGCCACGUGGGCCACGCGGGCGAGAUGUUCACGUCGGCCGCGCCGCAGGACCCGCUCUUCUGGCCGCUCCACGGCCUCGCGGAGCGCUACCUCCAGCUCCUGCGCACGUGGCACCGCAACGGCACCUUCGUCAUGAACGAGACCUGGGGCUACGUCCACUCCAAGGGCGUGCUGUCGGACACGGAGCUCGUCUGCGACUGGCAGGGCGUCUCGGGCGAGGAGAUGCCCAACUGCACGUCGCCGACGACCUGCGACGGCCACCACGCCAAAGACGUGCUCCCCUUCGAGUGGCCCGUGCCGCCGGACGUCGAGGGCGCGAGGGCCACCUACACGAACGAGGAGUUCUACGAGCUCAUCGCGCCCUGGGACGUGCGCAUGCCCUACGUCUACGACAAGCUGUCCACCUGGCCCGCCUGCCCCGGCGGCCAGAUCCAGCCCCACAACGGCGGCGCGAGCGCGGCGUAA